GCUCCUCCUAUGACGCGAAAACAACUACGACUUUAAGGAUCGGGAGACGCGAAGGACUGAAGGACGCAGUCUCUGGCCCUGUAUUUUGGGAAUUGGACGGAGUAAGUUCUAAGUGGACUAUAGGGUCGCCCAGGUUAGUUGACAGGAAUGGAAACUGGAAGUGGAAAUCAAGAAAAAGCACUGGAAGAGGAAAGCACUGAAAAGAAAAAAGAAGUAGAAAAAAAGAAAAGGUCUCGGGUAAAACAGGUGCUUGCAGAUAUUGCAAAGCAGGUGGACUUCUGGUUUGGAGAUGCAAAUCUUCACAAGGAUAGAUUUCUUCGAGAGCAGAUAGAAAAAUCUAGAGAUGGAUAUGUUGAUAUAUCACUUCUCGUGUCAUUCAACAAAAUGAAAAAAUUGACCACUGAUGGAAAGUUAAUAGCCAGAGCACUGAAAAAUUCAGCUGUUGUAGAGGUAAGAAUUGUUACAACUUAUUAUGUCACAUUAUAUUGUAUUAGUGUAUUAACCUUAUUUACUGUUUUAAAGCUGGAUUUAGAAGGCACCAGAAUCAGGAGAAAAAAGCCUCUGGGUGAAAGACCAAAGGAUGAGGAUGAGCGGACUGUGUAUGUGGAAUUACUUCCCAAAAAUGUUAAUCACAGCUGGAUUGAAAGAGUAUUUGGGAAAUGUGGCAAUGUUGUUUAUAUAAGUAUACCACAUUAUAAGUCUACUGGAGAUCCAAAGGGAUUUGCCUUUGUGGAAUUUGAGACAAAAGAACAAGCAGCAAAAGCUAUUGAGUUUCUUAAUAACCCACCAGAGGAAGCACCAAGAAAGCCUGGUGUAUUUCCCAAGACAGUGAAAAACAAGCCCAUUCCUGCCCUUAGAGUAGCUGAAGAAAAGAAAAAGAAAAAGAAGAAGAAAGGCCGAAUGAAGAAAGAAGACAGUAUCCAGACCAAAGAGUCAAAUAUGGACCCAAGCAAGGAAAGCGUCUGUAAAAAAAGAUCGAGGACCACAUCUGAGGGCUCUGAAGUAGAGGUUACUGAAGCCCAAAAGCCACCCACAAAGAAGAAGAAAAAACGAGAAAGAACUGAAGUAUCCAGCUUACCUUUAGGCAAAACAGGGAAGAGAAAGAGAAGUAGCUCUGAAGAUGCAGAUUACCUAACUCCCAAAUCAAAACUUAAAAAAGUGGCUCAGAAAGACAUUAAAAAAGCUUCAGAAGUUUGUAAAGAAAACAAAGAAUUAGAAGUCUCUACUGAAGAGGAAAAAGACACUGGAGAUAUAAAAGAUGGAUCCCUCUUGAAAGCAAAAAGAAAGCAUAAGAAAAAACAUAAAGAGAGGCAUAAAAUGGGAGAAGAGGUUAUACCAUUACGAGUACUAUCAAAGACCCAAUGGCUGGAUUUGAAAAAAGAGUAUUUAGCACUGCAAAAAGCUAGCAUGGCUUCUUUAAAAAAAACAAUAUCCCAAAUAAAAUUAGAGUCAGAAAUGGAAACAAACCAUGGAGUACCUACUAAGUCCGAAAUGAAAAAUGAAAAAACAGACAGUGAAGAGGGUGGUCCCCAGGAGAAGGUUAAUGCAGCAGGACCACAGUUUGUGAGUGGUGUGAUUGUGAAGAUCAUUAGCGCUGAGCCUUUACCUGGCAGGAAACAAGUCAGGGAUACUUUGGCAGUAAUCUCAGAAGUUGUUUAUGUUGAUUUGCUGGAAGGAGAUACAGAAUGCCAUGCUAGAUUUAAAACUCCUGACGAUGCUCAAGCGGUAAUAAAUGCAUAUACGGAAAUUAAAAAGAAACACUGCUGGAAACUAGAGAUUCUUUCUGGUGACCAUGAACAGAGGUAUUGGCAGAAGAUUUUGGUAGAUAGGCAGGCCAAACUUAAUCAGCCUCGUGAAAAGAAAAGAGGCACUGAGAAGUUAAUCACCAAAGCCGAAAAGAUCAGACUCGAAAAGACUCAACAAGCAAGUAAACACAUUAGAUUUUCUGAAUAUGAUUGAAAAAAAACAUUUUGGUUCACCUCUUAAGAUUUCACUGGAUGCUAGAGCUAUUCUUAGGGAAUUCUUUUUUUUUUUUUUUUUUUACAGUAGUAAUGUGUAAUGAAUGUUUUUCUAAAACCUACAUUUAAUUAAAAGAAAUAGUUUUGUUCCUUAAUUUGUAAACAAGAUGUUUGUCCAGAGACAAUUACACUGUAUACCACAGUUUUUUCAUUAAACAUUGUAUUUGUUGAAAUUAUCUGAUAUAAAUUAACCUCAAAGUGAUUUAGAAAAUAAAUGUGUUUUGAACAUUA